AGGUACAUGACUAAUCAAACGACAUUGGUUACUUGCAGGCAGCUUAAUGUACAAAGAACGCGGAAGGGGCUGCAAUCUCUGGGGUUGCUCAGCAGGUGCAGCUCCCCUUGGGGCAAUGGCAGCCAUCCUUGCAAUGACAAUGGUCCGCGUCACAGUGACGGUCGACUGGGAAUUCCAUGAUGUUCGACAUGACCAAGACUU